GACGUGUCAGGGGAAGUGUUUUCGAAUGUUGUUUUUCUUGAACGUAAACGUGAGAACGAUCGUAUUCGCGCCAGGUCUUCCGAAAUAUUUCCCUAAUAGUUCCGUUUAAACUAAGCAAUACCGUAAUGGCUGCGAUGCACGCUCAUCCCGGACAUCCUGGAGGUUCGCGGAUGGCUGGCCCACCGCCCCUAGCACCGUGGUCUCCCGACAAGAAGCACAGCGACCGCGAGCGAUGGGUUUGCAUCUAUCCUGCGUACAUCAAUCGUAAGAAAACAAGACAGGAAGGUCGCCGAAUCCCAAAACAGUGCUGCGUGGAUGAUCCAUCACCGCAGGAAAUACGAGAUGUACUACAGGCAUUGAACAUGAACGUGCUGGUGGAGUUGAAACAGUAUCCGCGAGAGCGUAGCAGGGAACUGCAAUGCCGAGGCCGAAUUCGUGUACAGCUUCGUAGCGACGAUGGCACACCAUUAAACUCGGAAUAUGCCUCAAGGGACAGUUUACUGAUGCAUCUAGGUAAGACUAUACCGAUGUUGAAAAGUAGACAGUCGAAAGCACCCGAACAAUCGCAGGCCGCUGCAUCCUCCAGUGCUGGACAUUCGCAAAAGAAGGGCAAAGGAAAACGUCGAUAAACAAUACAGGCAAGUGAGGUAGAUGAGCUAGCGCAAAAUAAAUUGCGCUGAAUGUGUAAUGGCAGGGCAAUAAAUG